AUGACUGUGAGGAGACCUUCUAAGGAAGAAGCUAAGAAGCUCCAAGGACAGCUCUCUGUCAUGAAAAGCCAGGGCUGGCUUUCUCAGGAGGGAAGUGUGUUGCAGCUCCUGUGUGCAGACCCCUGCUGCCAUAUCUCCAAUGACAUGGCUCUGGACAUUCAGCGAUUGCUGACAGGUAAAAAUACCUUGAUCACCCCCACUUCAGCAGGGAUAUCACCACGUUCCGCUUGCCUAGAGAUUUUGUUCAUGUCUGGAGUCUCUAAGCAGAAUCUGCAACUGGGUUCCAAGAACUCCCGAGAGCUUUUACUGGCAUCUGUAACCUCCACACUGUUACAAUCAGCAGCUCAGAAAUCCUUAACCCAGAUGGCUGCCCUAUCAACCGUUGUGGUCAGCAUCCAAGAUUACUGGGAUGAACACCUGCAGCUAGGGAAGGGAUUUCAACUGCCAGACGUGCCCAGGGACUCGGGGACUAGGUCUUCUUCAAGGCUUGAUGAGACUGAAGUUUCUGUGAACAAGCAAGAGAUGAUAUAUAGCAACCACAGUCUUUUUCAUGAGAACCAAAGCCUUCAGCCCUUGAGAUCCCAGGUCUCUCUGCUGUUCCUCAGCACAGAGGUCACUAAUCUGACACAUGCUAUGGCCUUGCAUAUGGUCACUAUCUUCCCUGCUCAUCUUCCAUUCCUCAGUCCUGAAGUUCUCAGGCUUCUUGAGGUUCAUGUAAAAAAAUGGAUGCGUUUCCAGAGGUGGGGACUCCCCAGAUGUGUGGAAGAGUCUCUGAGGCAGCUUAUGCCAGACUCACCAUUCUUUUACUGGCCUGGAAACAGCCAACCAGUUCCUUUCAUCAUGUAUGAUACUUUCAAUGCAUGUGUUGUAACAAUUGAAACCAUUUCCCACAAGACCUGGGGUUCAUGUGUGCUCUACCAGACUACUCAGGCCUUCUGGGUUACUAAAUGGUCUAUUAUGGACCAAGAACAAAGCUGCCACUGCCAGAAAACUCCAAACUCUCUGGCUCUGGCCUUGCCCUCUCCAGCCCUUAAAGUCCUAAAUGGCCUGUAUCCACAACCUGGGGGACAGGCUGAAGACUCAGGUAAUCAUCUGAAGCAGAAGCACAGCCAGCUAUUCUGUAGCUUCUCGUGUCUAACCACUGAGUCCCUGGCUGUAACUUACAUUCACUUUCAAGGCCUUUCCACGAACAGGCGCACGCCCCAAUUACCCUCGAAUGUUCCUUUUCUCUUCAAAGGGCCCUCGUUCCUCCACCUACUGCCUAACAAUCCACCCAGGUCAACUCCACUUUCUUCCUUACCUACCCCAAAUUGGGUCUCUCCUCCUGACCAUCAACAAAUACAGAUCAAUCUCCCAUUUCUGACUCCGGCCGAGUAUGAAGCCUUGGAGUGGAACUUGCUGGAGAGGCAGCUUCAGCUUAGGUGGGAAUUCCCAGCUAUUUUCCAGAGAUCACAGCAUGCCCAGAGCCCCAUGCAGUAUGAGCCCAGCAACACACCCCACUCUCCUGAGACCCAGUUGCUCCUGUCCCCUGCUGACCAGCAGCCCCUGCCCGCGAGGAGCAAAGCCUCGGACAAUGUGAAUGUCCCGCAGCCACCAGCCCCAGAGGCCGAUGGGGGUAAGCCUUUGCAGGACCGCACGUUGCAGAAUGACAUUCCACAGGGUCCGAAACACCUCAGAGUCCCCGGAGGGCCGCCCGCACCGUUCAUGCCGUCCCCGCCCCCGCUUACCGGGACCAUCCGGAUGCGGGGCGCGGGUCCGGGGCUGGCUCUACACCGCGGGCCCCGCACCGCCCUUGGGCGCUCGGCGGGCGGGCACGCUGGGAGCUGGAGGCGCGGGCGGAGCAACAGACUGAAGCGGCGGCUGCGCGCGCGCGCCCAGAGCACACCCAGCCCCCCCGCCCCCAGCCGUGAGCGACUGCGGCGCGUGCGCCCGCGGCAGACGCCCUCUGCGGGUCGCUGGGCUGGGCACUGCGGCACGGGGACUGCGGCAGCCCCGGCUGCCCGCGACAAGGUCAAUGUCGGUCCCGAGGAGGUGGCCCGGGAGAGGGCGCUGCGUAGGGCCGCGGCCACACACAACUGCCCGCGCCAGGGCGAAGGCGGGGUCAGCUCCAGCAGUAAAACGGUACCCUAUUGA